AUAGCUUAAACUCGUGUGCGAGUGCGAGGGCCACAUUCGCAAUCUCGGUUAUCACUUCAGUGUCUUUUCACCAGUAACUAAACGAAAGUGCAAGUUCUGCAUCUGAUCGGAAUUUCAUUACUAAUCACGACUAAAAACAUAACCGUUCAGUUACUAACUGACCAUUGUGAUUGUGUGUACGAUUAACAAUUACCCCCAGUGAAGAAACAUGUCAAUAACAAGUUUGACAGCAACUGGCAGAUUGUUGGCUAGAGCGCUUACUGCUAAGCCCAACAGAUUGAUUCCGACAGGAUGUCGUUCCAUGUCCCACUAUCCAAUCGAUGAAACCAUAUUCGGAUUGACCGAGGAACAACAGCAGUUACGUCAGACUGUGUUCAAUUUUGCGCAGAAAGAACUGGCUCCGUUCGCGCAAGAGAUCGAUAAGCAGAAUGAGUUCAAGGAUCUACGUAAUUUUUGGAAGAAAAUGGGUAGUUUGGGUUUAUUAGGCCCCACUGUCAAACCGGAAUACGGCGGACUCGGGGGAACCUAUUUGGAUCAUUGCAUUAUGGUUGAGGAAUUGUCGCGAGCAUCCGGCUCAAUUGCUUUAUCAUAUGGUGCGCACUCCAACCUUUGCGUUAACCAAAUACAUAGGAAUGGAACGGAAGAGCAGAAGCAGACUUAUUUGCCAAAGCUAAUUAGCGGCGAGCAUAUUGGAGCACUAGCGAUGUCCGAACCGGGCUCCGGUAGUGAUGUAGUGUCCAUGAAAACCAAAGCCGAGAAAAAGGGUGAUUACUAUGUUCUGAAUGGCAAUAAGUUCUGGAUUACUAAUGGACCGGAUGCGGAUACGUAUAUCAUCUAUGCCAAAACCGAUUUGAGUUCAAAAGCUCAACAUGGUAUCACAGCUUUUAUUGUUGAGCGCAACACCCCUGGAUUUUCGCAAGGGCCCAAGCUGGAUAAGUUAGGUAUUCGAGGUAGUGGCACGUGUGAAUUGAUUUUCGAAGACGCCAAGGUUCCAGAGAAAAACGUAUUGGGCCAAACAAACAAAGGUGUGUACGUGUUGAUGUCCGGCUUAGAUUACGAACGACUCGUAUUGGCUGCUGGACCGGUUGGAUUGAUGCAAGCAGCCUGUGAUGUUGCAUUCGAGUAUGCACACAGUCGCAAACAAUUUAACAAGAGAAUUGGUGAAUUUCAGCUAAUUCAGGGUAAAAUGGCCGAUAUGUACACAACUAUGAACGCUUGUCGGGCGUAUCUUUACUCGGUGGCUCGAUCCUGCGAUGCUGGAAAAGCUAACCCGAAAGAUUGCGCCGGAGUUAUACUGUACUGUGCCGAAAAAGCCACUCAGAUAGCACUUGAUGCUAUUCAAAUUCUGGGUGGAAACGGAUACAUCAAUGAUUACCCAGCAGGUAGAAUUAUGCGUGAUGCUAAGUUAUACGAGAUCGGAGCUGGGACUUCGGAAAUUCGCCGUAUGAUCAUUGGACGUGCUCUUAACAGUGAAUAUAAGUAAGAGGUAAAUUGGCCCAAGGGCUAGCACAAACAGAUACAGGUAACGGUUAGCUUAAAAAGUAAACUCAGAAAAAUCUACGAAACGUAGACCGCAACAAAUGUGCAUUUAUAAAUUCCGUACAGGAAUUCAGUAACUUAAAACGCUUCAAAUGAAUAAAAAAAGAUUUAUGCUAUUCCAA